CAAUAAAUCUAGAGAGGUUCGAACAAAUUUGAGUGCGCCAUCUACUUCCGGAACUUUAACUGUAGACAGCAUGGAAGAGAGGAAAGAAAAAACAUGGGGCAAGAAGAAUGUUGAAAAAGACUUACUUGAGGUCCCCGAAGGCUGGAAAGAUCCUGGCAUAACCAAAGAGGAUAAUCCACAUGGUGUUCUAGCAGAAACCUCUUUUGCAACUUUAUUCCCAAAAUACAGAGAAAAAUAUCUUCGAGAAUGUUGGCCACUUGUAAAAAAGACACUUGGCGAUUAUCAUAUUAAGGCAGAGCUGGAUGUGGUAGAGGGCAGUAUGACAGUGACUACCACCCGGAAAACGUGGGAUCCCUAUAUAAUCGUCAAAGCACGUGACCUCAUCAAGCUCCUGGCCAGAAGUGUACCAUAUGAACAAGCCAUCAGAAUCACAGAAGAUGACGUUGCCUGCGACAUCAUAAAAAUUGGCUCUCUUGUGAGAAACAAAGAAAGAUUUGUCAAACGUCGACAUCGACUCAUAGGUCCUGAUGGCUCUACUCUCAAGGCUAUCGAACUACUAACAGGAUGUUACGUGAUGGUACAGGGAAAUACAGUCUCCGCCCUCGGUCCCUAUAAAGGGCUGCGAGAUGUAAGAAAAAUUGUUGAAGACACCAUGAAAAAUAUCCAUCCAAUCUACAACAUAAAAACGCUGAUGAUUAAGAAAGAAUUAGCUAAAGAUCCCAAGUUGAAAGGGGAAAGCUGGGACAGGUUUUUACCCAAGUUUAAAUCCAAAACAAUUAGCAAAAGGAAGCAGCCCAAAAAGAAGAGGACGAAGAAGGACUACACACCCUUUCCUCCUCCCCAGGUGGAGAGCAAGAUUGAUAAGGAGCUGGCUAGUGGCGAGUAUUUCCUCCAGGCGAGUCAGAAGAAGGCAAAGGCACAGCUGGAGAAAAAAGAAAAACAGAAAGAAAAUGAGACGAAGCAGAAGGAGAGACGUGCCCAGGCCUUUAUACCUCCUACAGAAACCGCACCCUCAGCCAAGAAACAGAAAGUCUCAGGUACAGAAGUUGACAUCUCUUCUCUUAAGAAGAAAAUCAAGAAAGCACAAAAGAAGAAAGUAUGAAAUGACAGAAGAGAUCGUUUGGAUUCUGAAGGAAUAACUUGGCAAAGCCACAUCUGGACGCCAUUCAUGGGGCCAUUUUGGAUAUAAUGAUUUGGUGCUGUUAAGUGGCGACCCACAGAUGUGCUGCCGUUAAGUGGCGACCCACAGAUGUGCUGCCGUUAAGUGGCGAACCAUGGAUGUGCUGCCAUUUAGUGGUGAAACACAGAGAAGAACUUUACAUGUUCGCUAGACCUUCUCCAUUUUACAGCUAAAAUAUCAACAUAAGACGACAAACUAUUUUUUUUCUGCCAAAACAGGAUUGAUUAAGAGGAAUAUUAAUGAUGACAUUUCUAGCCUUGAGGGAAUUGUCUUCCCUUCCAUUUACAUAUACGAGGAACUAGGUAAAUGUACUCUGACAGUCGAUUUGAAUACCGUAGCGAAACAGUUUCACCCAGCAAAAUAUUGUGUGGAUUUCGUCCUUACUUUGGAAGACCUACACAAUCAUCAUGUAUGUGAUAUAUUAAACUGUGUACUAGUUCACUACUAUCCAUACUUUGAAUAUCAUGACAAACUCGUCAUCAUUUCAGAGAUAACAAGAAAAUAUUUCACAGUAUACAGUAUUUAUAUUGUUUUACCAAAUUAUCUGUCAAGAAGGAUUUAGACUUACUGAAAAUAUAACCGUCAUUCUCAAAGCUCAAUCUGUUUUACAUUUCAACAUUGGCAGAAAAACAGAAUUUAUAUCAGAAUCAUUAAAAACUAACACGGAUCUUCCUACAAAUCAACAAGCUCUGAUAGGGAAAUGUAUAACUGUCUGGGUCAGGAAGGUGAUUAGGGAAGUGUAUAACUGUCUGGGUCAGGAAGGUGAUUAGGGAAGUGUAUAACUGUCUGGGUCAGGAAGGUGAUUAGGGAAGUGUAUAACUGUCUGGGUCAGGAAGGUGAUUAGGGAAAUGUAUAACUGUCUGGGUCAGGAAGGUGAUUAGGGAAGUGUAUAACUGUCUGGGUCAGGAAGGUGAUAGGGAAGUGUAUAACUGUCUGGGUCAGGAGGGUGAUUAGGGAAGUGUAUAACUGUCUGGGUCAGGAGGGUGAUUAGGGAAGUGUAUAACUGUCUGGGUCAGGAGGGUGAUUAGGGAAGUGUAUAACUGUCUGGGUCAGGAAGGUGAUAGGGAAGUGUAUAACUGUCUGGGUCAGGAGGGUGAUUAGGGAAGUGUAUAACUGUCUGGGACAGGAGGGUGAUUAGGGAAGUGUAUAACUGUCUGGGUCAGGAAGGUGAUAGGGAAGUGUAUAACUGUCUGGGUCAGGAAGGUGAUAGGGAAGUGUAUAACUGUCUGGGUCAGGAAGGUGAUAGGGAAGUGUAUAACUGUCUGGGUCGGGAGGGUGAUUAGGGAAGUGUAUAACUGUCUGGGUCGGGAGGGUGAUAGGGAAGUGUAUAACUGUCUGGGUCAGGAAGGUGAUAGGGAAGUGUAUAACUGUCUGGGUCAGGAAGGUGAUAGGGAAGUGUAUAACUGUCUGGGUCAGGAAGGUGAUUAGGGAAGUGUAUAACUGUCUGGGUCAGGAAGGUGAUUAGGGAAGUGUAUAACUGUCUGGGUGGGGAGGGUGAUAAGGGAAGUGUAUAACUGUCUGGGUCAGGAAGGUGAUAGGGAAGUGUAUAACUGUCUGGGUCAGGAGGGUGAUUAGGGAAGUGUAUAACUGUCUGGGUCAGGAGGGUGAUUAGGGAAGUGUAUAACUGUCUGGGUCAGGAGGGUGAUUAGGGAAGUGUAUAACUGUCUGGGUCAGGAAGGUGAUAGGGAAGUGUAUAACUGUCUGGGUCAGGAGGGUGAUUAGGGAAGUGUAUAACUGUCUGGGUCAGGAGGGUGAUUAGGGAAGUGUAUAACUGUCUGGGUCAGGAAGGUGAUAGGGAAGUGUAUAACUGUCUGGGUCAGGAAGGUGAUAGGGAAGUGUAUAACUGUCUGGGUCAGGAAGGUGAUAGGGAAGUGUAUAACUGUCUGGGUCGGGAGGGUGAUUAGGGAAGUGUAUAACUGUCUGGGUCGGGAGGGUGAUAGGGAAGUGUAUAACUGUCUGGGUCAGGAGGGUGAUUAGGGAAGUGUAUAACUGUCUGGGUCAGGAAGGUGAUAGGGAAGUGUAUAACUGUCUGGGUCAGGAAGUUGAUAGGGAAGUGUAUAACUGUCUGGGUCAGGAGGGUGAUAGGGAAGUGUAUAACUGUCUGGGUCAGGAAGGUGAUUAGGGAAGUGUAUAACUGUCUGGGUCAGGAGGGUGAUUAGGGAAGUGUAUAACUGUCUGGGUCAGGAGGGUGAUUAGGCCACAUCCUACUGGAGACUUGAUAUGGUAUGUAAUGUCAGUGUCUCCAAGGAUGAUAAUGGAUCUGCCGACAGAUUGCAAUCGGCAAUAAAGUAAAAGCUCACUUUAUGUGACAGACUGGAUGUGUAAUAAUUUGUGUAAAAUUUGAAAAUUCACUCUUUGUGACAGGAACAAUGACUGUGCUCACAACCUGUGACCUUAAAAAAGUAAUAUUCUCAUGAACAUUCACACUUUGUGACAGGAACAAUGACUGUAUACACAAUCUUUGUCCUUACAAAAGGAGUGUUCUAAUGAACAUCACACUUUAUUUAUAUACUGUGUAUAUAAUGGAACCCUAGUGGUUUAUAUUAAAAGUUUGUAAAUAUGUGAA